ACUAGGAAGGGUGCGACUAAUAAAAAAAACAGAAGUACACGGACCACACUUUGUUGGCGUUUCUUUGUCUCGUGAGUCGCCAUAAUACCAACUCAAUUAAGUUUCUCGCUUCGUGAAGACAAGGGGAGUCAGCAACCACACUUGAUCCAAAGCGAAUUCGGUCAGAGAAUUUUUAGUUUGUGUACGUUCCGAGGGGGAAGAGGGACGGGUUACCAGUUCAUUGCGACAAAUAUUCAGCAUAACAGAAAGCCUCUUGUCAAGAUAUUAAGGGAUACACACUCAAGAUCAAAUCAUGGCACUUUGGGAGUCACCUGGUGAUGAAAGAGCAAGGUUUUAUACUACUAAAGUACUUCCAGGGAUGGGUGGCUGUAUGAUAAUUUUAGGCCUUAUCAUGUUUCUGACCGGUGUGAUAGUACUCGCUUUGGAAACACAUCAUUCUGCAGUUACAACAGUAAAGUUUGAGAUACCAUUUACUUUGUAUCUGGUGGCUGGACUUUUAGCUGCACAGGCUGGUAUAGUUAUUUUGUGGGUGACUACAAGAGCAAAUGGAAGUCCUCCUGAUGUAAAGAAAUGGUCCCCAAUGUUUAUUGGAAUUCUUUGUGUGGCCAUUGUUUUUACUUUGUCAGCAGUCAUCUUAAGUUUUACUCGUAAGCUUAAUGAUAUCGAGAAUGACAUGACGAAUACCAUUCAGGAGUAUGGUUUAUUUGGAAAAGGAGAGGAAACAAGUUUUAUUGAUACGCUACAAACUAAAGACCAUUGUUGUGGAGUAAAUUAUUACACUGACUGGAGAAAUACAAAAUACGGUGCACGCAGAGUGUAUGUGGUCCCAGACAGCUGCUGUAAAACAAAUGAGUAUGCGUGUGGUUAUCAGUUUAAACUUGACAAUAUCAACCGCAGGGGAUGUUUGGAAGUAAUCAAGCGGUCUGUAAGAACACAUCUAGGGAUAGUCAAGAUAAUGGGAAUCAUUUUUUUGUUGGUUAAGGUUGGUAAGGUGAUUGCCAUUGUGGUUAUCAGGAAGAAAUAUUUGAGCGGCUAGUGACUGACUGAUCAUGGUGGUGAAGGAUGACAUCAACUCAUGCAUAACACGUGAUUAUGGUCCAGAUACCUGACUAAGCACUUUGGUGUCAUGUGAUAUAGUGUCACUGCUGAUUACAAAGCCAUACUAAAAACAUAUAUGUAUUUUCAAUUUGGUGUUCCCUUUGGGCUCGCUUUUUUUUUUCAGUGUUUAAGCUCAAUAUUGUGAGCAGUUACCUUUCGUUUUAACAGCGGAGCCUCUAUUUCGUUUCGGUUUUGAUGAGUAAACUGGUAACUAUGUUUAUAGGGGCUCUGUGAACUCUUUUAGGCGUCAUUCCAUGAGGCUUAAACGCCCUCAAGGAGGAACGCAAUAAUAUGUAAAAUCGCCCUAAUUGACUCUUUAAUCAAGCAGGAAAAAGUUCAAAAUUAGCAGGGAGCACGACUUUUCUUUUCUUUUUCGUUUUUUCCCUUAAAAUCCCAUCUUGAUGUGAAUUUAGAGAUGUUUCAUACAAGUGAUUCAUUGCGUUAGCUGAGCGUCAACGAUAAGUUGAGAAAAGAAAUUUUAAGCAGCAUCGAGCUUGUUGAAAUGUCCAAUUUUUUUAAGAAUUUAAUUUUCGCUUUUGUGUGAUUUUCAGUGGACAUCAUUUUUUUGUUUGUUUGUAAUACGCACAACACAACUGCAUCUAUUUAGUGUGUUAACUACGGCUUUAUAUGUAAUCUGAUUACGUAAGUCUUUGUUUCUGUGAAUACGACAUACCAAAUAGAUAUUUAAAGGAUGUAUUUUUUGACUCGUCAAGCAGCAAGAUCGUGUGGACUGAAUAAUCUCAACAACAUGAAGGUUUUUAUUCGCUAAGAUGGUACUUACCCUAGGCUAUCCUUGACGAAUUAUUUAUCGGCUGAUAAUAUUUAAUUAUCGAAACUGUGCGAGCUUUUUCCAACAGGUUAGAAUGUAAUAUUACCUUGCAAUCGUAUGAAUAGAGUAUCUUGAACUAUUUUUUUUAAAUUUAAAUUGUCUUUGGAUAGACAUUAACUUUCCUCUGCGCUCCUCGUAGCUCUAAACAUUUAUUCAAGCGAUAACUCGUUAGAUUUACUACGGAACUUUAGAGUUUCACCCAAGGGGGACGUUUAUUUUACGAAGUUAAUAAAAGGACUUAAAAUACC